AUGCUGGUUCAACUUGCGUCACCGGAUGUGCUUGACUACUCUGUUUGUCAGGGACUCCUUAGCGGGAGGGAAGAGCGGGUUCUGGAUGUAUACAACAAUGGAUCAUCUGCAAGCAACACUUUUAUCGUAGUUUGCGAACGGUCGCUAUGGGUUCUGCAAGCUACGGGGAAAGGCCUCAGGCGAAGGCGGAUUGCUUCUUGCGAGACGCCAGUGCAGAAAUCCUGCGUUUCGGAGGGCGCUGUUCUGGUGGUGCGUGAUAAUUGGGUCUACCAGUAUGGCGAUGAGGGGCCCGCGGGUGAUGUUGCAAUGCCUGUUCACGCAUACAGCCGAGGCAUUAGGAUAGCCGGCGAUGCGGAGCGCUACUAUGUGGACUCGAGGCACAGCAGGUAUCUGUGGGGGCCCUACCGGGCGUCGGCGCUUCCGCUGGCGGUGUUUGCGCUGGCCGACCCCAUCCUGGACUUCCAGUUCGAGGGUUCGCGGGUGUUCUCCGUAAAGCGGCUCUCCCACGGGCGUGGCUAUUACGUGGAGCGAGUAGACUCGGUCAGCUGCGGAGCCGGAGCCAGACGCGACGUACUGCAUAUCUCCGACGACAUAAAGCACGCGCCCAUAUUCUCGGCAGGGGGGGGUAGUAGCGCGACGUACGUCUUCGUUGCGUAUCACUACACCUGGGUGGUAGCGAAGGACACGCUCGGGGUGCGCAAGUUUCCGAACCCUCCCUUUAUCAAGAGAUCUGUGGUGCGGGGUGCGGCUCUGUACGUUGAACCUUGGCCACGGGGACCAGCACCACGGGGUAAUGCAGAAACGCUCGUUCUGCGGGUGUGUACAGGAUACGGCGCCGCUUACAAGGCAACGGUGGAUGCGAAUGCGGACAAGACUUUGCGCUGGAAUAAAUUGCACUAUGGCACCCGGUCUGACACCUUCAAUGGCUGCUGGUAUCUGGGGUCUGAAAGAUACUUAUACUCAACCGGUAGGAAGCUUGUGUCAAAGGAUUUCAGCUCUGGUACAGAACUCAGUAUUAGGCAUGUAUCCGCUUCUGAUAUCGUGCACGAUCUGUGUAUCUUACAGUUGCUUCCCAUGCUAGACGACGGCAUCUUCUCUAUUGAGACGCUGACAUGCGGUUCAUAUACGCAGUAUGACAACAAAGGUUUCAUUGGAACAGCUUAUGACGAACUUUCCGUAGACGGCCUCAGGUCAUUGACGCUACCGGUUGCAGUCGCACCUGAUACGUGGCGGUCCAUGGAAGAUUUUUGGUUAUCCAGCACCACUUCAGCUAGUGUGUCAGCAAGCGACAUCGCCUAUCCUCGAGAGGGUGAGAGCCUGAAGCCACGGUUAGACUUGUUUCAAGAUAUUCUAUUUUGCACGUUGGUUCAAAACCCAUCUGGUGUUCCCACAAAGUAUCUCAUACUACGAGCGGAUGGGAAGUUAGUCUGUCACCAUUUGGGGGAGAGCAUUGAGCCUGCUUUUGAAUUUCCUACCUCUUGUGGUCUGAAUGAACGCACAUUACUUUCUAGCUUUGAGGAUGGUAAUCAGAUGCACAUUGUGGCAGCUACGGAUGGUAUAAUCACUGUCUUUGAACUUCAAGACGCGCUCAUCGAAAACGUUUGCACCGUUUCAAAGGUUUACCUAUUGGCUACUAUUCCUGAAGUUAUUUGUUCAAUUCACUCUUCAAAAGAUGGAGUCUUCGUUCUGACCAAGACGCAACUCUACAAUUUUACUUUAGCUGAGAUGCAGUGCCGCCCUUGCAAUCGGACAUCGAUAACAAUCGCAUCUCCGCCGAAAUUCUGUGUUAAUAGCUAUGGACGGGCUGUUUUAUAUCAUGAUAAGGACUAUCUGUACCAGUACCGCGAUGGGCAAAUAUUAAGAACAAAGCUACCCCAUCGUUGUGAUACUGUCCUUCAAAAAGACGAGAAUACUGUCUAUAUGCUCGCGACUGAUUCCAAACUGUGGGAAAUGAAAGUUAUGCGGAAAUCGAAAAUGCAUACACACAUAGAAGACGGUACAGUAUUCACGAAGGUUACCACUUGCAUCGGAAGCACCAAAGCCAUCAUCUGUGCGGAAACAGGCGAGGCGAAUAUCCAAGAGAAGCUGGUCUUAUACGAUUUUGGUUCUCGUAGGAAAUUGGCAGAAUGCGAGCUGGAUCCAAAGGAGUGUGUCAUUAAUCUGUAUUCAUUCUUUGCACCAAUGUCGGAUAGCGAUUUGAACAACAGCAAACAGUUAUGUAUUGCAACUACCUAUACGGCUACAAACCAAUACGUUCGUCUUUUCGCAGUUGAUGGUAGUAGUUUAUUCGCUGAAGACCGAAAAGAGGUCAAGUGGAUCGUUACAGAUAUAAAAGUUUAUGGGAAUAUGAUUGUGGCAUCGGGGGAAAGGCUGGCAGUAUACUUCCUACAGGAAGAAAAUGGAGAACUCACACUGUGUGAGUGUGGAAACAGGUGUGUUCAAUUAAGCGGCUCGCUCACUAUGGGGACGGUGAUCCACGAAGAUAACAUUUUCUUGUUUGACGCACAUAAAGGCAUUACAGUCUUUCGACUCCAUAAAGAUGGGCUAAACGGCGCCAACAUAAUGCGUAGUACGGAUGCAGCAGGUUAUCCCUCUAUCGAGCACAAUACGAUAACGCACGUGGCAUCGACGAGUGUUCCUUGGAGCAGACUCUUCAACUUAAAUGCCGCUGCAUACAACGCACAGGGAGACGUUUGUUUCGAAGAUCGGAAAGAAUUAUGGCAUUCGACUGUUACUUUUGCCGCUGUUUGUGACGCCAGCGGUUGUGUGACUCUCUUCCAGUUCUCACCUGCCAGCAUUGAACGAGGUACCGAUAUCUGUCGUUUUGAAAUUAAGCAGACCAUUUUGAAACUUGUAUCUAUACCAACAUCCCUCUCGGAGCAUAUAACGGAGCUGCCGCCUGCCUGCACACCUUUGUUUGCGCUGUACCUGGAGGACGGUAGCGUUCGCAUUAUUUCAAACGGGAAAGUAACGCCCAACGCGCAGCCUAUCGAGAGCUCGCACAACCUCCGAGCGUGCAGGUACUCAGUGCCUAACCCAGCUGCAACCCAGUCACUGUCAGGCGUCUCAGGCGACGUCUUUUCGUUCCGCCGGCAGCGCGUAGUCCCCGAGCCUAGCAAGUCCGUCCCGCAACCCCUCGCCGGGCCCCCCUGCAUACGCAUCUUCGUGAGCGGCCCGCCCAGCCCGCCGCCGCUGCAGCGCACGUUCUCUCCACCGGAGCUUGAUCUUACCCUAUAA